AUGGCUACCUCCAUUCCACCCGUUGCCAUUCCUGGGCAACGCCUGGGCUCCAUUUCCACAUACUCUGCCGGACCCGGCACCCAUGUCCAACAAUCCAAUAUCUACGCCUCCAUCGCCGGCCCCGUCGUCGUUGAUCCCGCACAGCCCAAGACACAGACGAAGUCAACACUUCGUGUCUCAAGGAUCCUCCCGGGCACAUCGCCAGCAGCUCCAUCUCCAGCUUCAGCCGCUCCCACCAACCAAAAGCCCCGCUACAACACCCUCCCGGCCGUCGACUCCAUCGUCCUCGCCCGAGUAACCCGUGUACAAAAGCGCCAAGCAACCGUCUCCAUCCUCGUCGUCCUUGACGAAACCUCUUACUCCACCACCGACCCCUCAAAACUCGCCUCCGACAACGACAAUGUCGCCUCUAUCCUCACUACGGCCGCGAACCCGGAGAACCACAGUAGCACGGACGAACUGCGGUUCCAGGCGCUGAUUCGGAAAGAGGAUGUUCGGGCUGUGGAGAAGGAUCGUGUCGUUAUGGAUGAGAUGUUCCGCGUUGGUGAUAUCGUUCGAGGCUCGGUGCUUUCGCUCGGUGACCAGAGCUUCUAUUAUCUGACGACGGCGCGGAAUGAUCUCGGCGUUGUUAUGGCGCGGAGUGAAGCGGGGAAUAUGAUGUUCCCCGUUAGUUGGAAGGAGAUGAGGGACCCUGUUACUGGGGCUGGAGAGCAGAGGAAGGUUGCCAGACCUUACUGA